AUGGUUCUCAAUUUUCAGGGUAUGCUGGAAGGUGGACAUGAAAUAGCUGUUAAGUUGCUUUCGAAGAAUUCGCAACAAGGAGUCGAUGAGUUCAAGAAUGAAAUUAUUUGCAUUGCCAAGCUUCAGCAUCGAAAUCUUGUAAAGCUUCUAGGAUACUGCGUUCAAGGAGGAGAAAGGUUGUUAAUAUAUGAAUGCAUGGCCAACAAUAGCUUGGACUCCUUUAUUUUCGAUCAAUCAAAGAAGAUGCUACUGGAUUGGCCUAAGCGCUUCCACAUAAUCAAUGGAAUUGCUCGGGGGCUUCUUUAUCUUCAUCAAGAUUCCAGAUUUAGAAUUAUCCACAGAGACCUGAAAGCUAGCAACAUUUUACUAGAUCAUGAGAUGAACCCCAAAAUAUCAGACUUUGGCUUGGCUAGAAUUUUUGGAGGAAAUGAGACCGUAGCAAAUACUAAAAAAGUAGUUGGAACAUUGGGGUACAUGUCUCCAGAAUAUGCAAUUGAGGGACGCUUCUCAGUAAAGUCUGAUAUAUUUAGCUUUGGUGUUAUGGUAUUGGAAGUGGUGAGUGGGAAGCGAAACUGGGGAUUUUGUGACCCAAACCACCACCUCAACCUUCUUGGGCAUGCCUGGAAAUUAUACAAGGCAGGCAAAACUACAGAAUUGAUUGAUGCAUCAAUGCAAAACUCAUGCAAUCUACCUGAAGUGUUGCGUUCGAUUCAUGUCGGUUUAUUGUGUGUGCAACACCGGCCAGAGAAUAGGCCUAACAUGGCGAGUGUGGUUUUGAUGUUGGGCAGAGAGGGUGCACUGACUCACCCCAAACAACCUGGUUUUUUCACUGAAAGAAAUAUUCUUGAAGCAGAGUUAGAAAGAAGAGAGAUUGAAAAAUGUUCAGCCAACAUGGUCCCUAUAACUCUGUUAGAGGCCAGAUAGA